GGGGAAUAUAUGGUCGAUGCAAAACCUUCACGUUUCUCCGAAAUAGCCAGAGUCGAAAGUGGAGGCCAGAGGCAGCCGGUGCGGGUCAGUCGCCUAUUUUAUUACCUUAGACUCCAGAAGGUUUGACAUGAGCCUGCUGACACAGAGGAGCCUUGUCCUUGAAAAUCCCCUCACCUUUAAACGAGGCUCCUAUGUAAACCCUUAAUUGGUUGCAUGAAUGCAGGGCCAAAGGGCUAGGUUUUGGGGGACUGGGGAACAAUGUGGGUGGCCAGGUAGCCCAGACCCAACUCUGCCCUCCCGGAACAUGAAGUUGGAGGGUGCCCAAUGCGGGGGCUCAUUGGCUGUUGACUGCCAUGUGGGAAAGGUCUUUGGGAGCCCAUUUGGGUGAGAGAUUACCUUUACCAUCUUCCAGGCCCAUCCUUCCUCUACAUGGGCUGAGGGUGAGGGUUUGGGGGGCUCUUGCCAUACCCACAAGUCCCAGCUUUGGCUAGAAACACCCUGGCCUGGGCCCUCACAGAAAGCUGGUAGUUACUCAUUGCCUAACUUGAUUUAGGCCAGCCAGACUGUGGUAACUUUUGGGUGACCCUGACGAAGACAAAGCCGGGACUAGGCCUUUGUAUGGCAGAGUCCCUGUUCCCGCGGGCUGGGCGGAGGGAGCCCUGCCUGCCUGGGGUACUCUGCUCUUCUCAGAGGCCACCUCACCCACUCGCCUUUUGGUGCCUUGCACACUCACAGGGGGGUGUGUUCCCCCUUGAACUGGACCUACUUUGGGGGGUUGAUUUCAGGUGUGGGGGUGAGUGGGGAGGGCACUCAAGGUUAGCAAAGUCAGUGGCUGACAAAAGCUGUAAUUACCCGCGGGGAAUGAGGGUGCUGGAGAUAAGAAGUACAUUAACAUCUGGUGGGGGCCCGAAAAUAUACCAUGGCGAGUCACUUGAUUACAUGUAUGUUAUUUAGUUAAAUUUGUGAAAAUUAUGAGAUGCUCACCAACCCGGUGAUAAACUCGCUCUCUCGCUAUUGGCUGUCCUGGUCACAUGGCCGCCAACUUUAUUCAGUUGACAGCAAGUAGGAGGGCCCUGUGGAAGGAGAAAAAAAGACAACACGAGAAAAAUUAGUAUUUUCUACCUUCUGAAAUUAAUGGCCAUGAGUUCGUAUAUGGUGAACUCCAAGUAUGUGGACCCCAAGUUCCCUCCAUGCGAGGAAUAUUUGCAAGGCGGCUACCUAGGCGAGCAGGGUCCCGACUACUACGGCGGCAGUACGCAGGGUGCUGACUUCCAGCCCCCGGGGCUCUACCCACGGCCCGACUUCGGUGAGCAGACCUUCGGAGGCGGCGGCCCCGGGCCUGGCUCGGCGCUGCCCACGCGGGGUCACGGGCAAGAACCCAGCGGUCCCGGUGGCCACUACAGCGCCCCGGGAGAGCCGUGCCCGGCGCCCCCGGCGCCCCCUCCCGCGCCGCUACCGGGAGCCCGGGCCUGCAGCCAGCAGGGCGGCCCCAAGCAGCCGCCCCCAGGGACGGCACUCAAGCAGCCGGCUGUGGUCUACCCCUGGAUGAAGAAGGUGCACGUGAAUUCAGUGAACCCCAACUACACUGGCGGGGAGCCCAAGAGGUCCCGGACGGCCUACACGCGGCAGCAAGUCCUAGAACUGGAAAAGGAAUUUCACUUUAACAGGUAUCUGACGCGGCGCCGUCGGAUUGAAAUCGCUCAUACCCUCUGUCUGUCUGAACGGCAGAUCAAGAUCUGGUUCCAGAACCGGAGGAUGAAGUGGAAAAAAGACCACAAACUGCCGAACACCAAAGGCAGGUCCUCAUCAUCGUCCUCGUCGUCAUCCUCCUCCUGCUCCACCUCAGCUGCCCCGGGCCAGCAUUUGCAGCCUCUGGCCAAGGACCGCCACACGGACCUGACGACCCUAUAGAAGUGGGGACCCCAGGCCCAUCCCUCCCUGCGCUCCCGCUGAGCUGAAGCUGCGGGGGCAGGCGGGCCUGCUGCCACCUCCCUGGGCUCUAAGGUACUGUGGGGUGGACCUGGGACACGCAGGUCGCCCUCGGACUAGGUUAGCAUCCUGCCCGAGGGCAGCCCCCUCCCUGGACCCGGGAUGGGGAUGGGAGGGGGUCGGGGUUCUCCCUCUAAGUUUCUUAUCAAAAGGCAGGAGCUACUGAGAACAUAAAAUCUUGGAGAGCCAUUAAACUCAUGAAAAUCUCG